AUGGCAUCCAGCAGCAGUUUGUGCGAGGACCAGUUUCUUUGUCCCAUCUGUCUUGACGUCUUCGUUAAACCGGUUUCCACUCCGUGUGGACACAACUUCUGCAUGUCCUGCAUCACGUCCUACUGGGACAACACGCCGGUCUGGCAGUGCCCGAUCUGCAAGGAAGAUUUCUCAAAGAGACCCAAUCUUAAGGUCAAUACAUUCAUUUCAGAGCUGGUGUCGCACGUCAGAUCGCUCCGCGUGACGAACAUCCCCAUCCAGAGUGCGCCUCGACAGCAGGUUGACAGCGAUGUGCGCUGUGACGUCUGCACCGCCACCCAGACCGUUGCAGUCAAAUCCUGUCUGGAGUGUCUCACGUCAUACUGCGAUGGACACUUGGAGCCGCAUUACGUCGCCUCUGGACUCAAGAGGCACAUGCUGGUGGACCCUGUGGAGAACUUGGUGAAUAAGGUCUGCAGGAAGCACCGCAGGCUGCUGAGGCUGUUCUGCAGAAACGACAACUCGGUUCUGUGCGACUUCUGCGUCGACGGAGCACAUGCCAACCACGACGUGGUUCCCGUGCAGCGGGGGUACGCUGAGAAGACGGCCCUGCUGGGGAAAUCGGAGGCCAAAGUGCAGAGGAUGAUUCAAGAACGAUUGCAGAAGGUCCAAAACACGAGGACGCUGGUGAAGCAAAGUGAGGUGAAGACAAAGGAGGUGGUGGCACACAGCACUCGGGACUUAACAGAGCUGGGCUCGGAGAUUAAGAAGAUCCAGGCGGAGCUCAUCAGGGCGGUGGAGGAGAAGCAGAAAUCAGGGGAGGAGCAAGCCGAGGCGUUCAUUUGCGCCAUGGAGAGCGAGCUUUGUGACCUGAAGGCGACGGCGAAGAACAUGGAGAAACUAAAACAAACUAAAGAUCCACUCAGUUUUCUCAGCUCCUACCCAAACCAGUCCUCACUGCCGCACACCAUGGACCUGUCCACGUUCAGCUUCACCCGGCACCUGGAGAUCCAGCACAUGCACAGAUAUUUCCAGAGCUCCAUCUCUCAGCUGCGGGCGUUGCUGCUUCAAAUAAACGAAGAAAUAAGCAAGUGCUCCGGCGGCGCAGAAAACGCGUCUAACGACGCCACGCUCGUGUACAUGCAGCAGUACGAGGUGAACGUCGUGCUCGACACCGACACGGCUCACCCUCUGCUCAGUCUGUCCGCCGACGGGAAACAAGUGAGGUACAACACGGGCACGGGUCUGUGGGGGAACCAGGUUCUGAGUCCCAACAUGUUCACGGUGCACCUCGCAGUUCUGGGGCGGAGAGGCUUUUCAUCCGGUAGGUUUUAUUUCGAGGUUUACGUCGGUCAGAAGACAGAGUGGUGUCUGGGCGUGGCCACGGCGUCGAUCCAGAGAGUCGGGGAGAUCGUUCGGAACUCCAACCCUGGACUCUGGGCCAUCUGGUUCCUGUUGGACAAGUUUGAAACCUUCAGUUCUCCCGGUGUGUCCGUGCACGUUGGGAAGGUGGAGAGAGUCGGGGUGUUUGUCGAUUAUGACGGAGGUGAAAUAUCAUUCUUCGACGUAGUCAGAGCCACGCCUAUUCACACCUUUACCGAAUGUUUCUUUAUGGAGGAGCUCUAUCCGUACUUCAAUCCCUGCGACAACGAGUACGGUUCAAACCUGGCUCCGAUGGUCAUCAUGCCCGUUUGUACAGAGUGAGCAUUAAAGUUCAUAAUCAGUAAUCCAGGUACAAAAAUCCAGCCAAGUUCAGUCAGGUCAU